ACCAACCAUGACGAACCCGUCGCGACCGAGCCGCUGCAGAGAGUCGGCACCGCAACCGAAUUAAACCCAGAGACGCAACUCGACCCCGAAAAGCACCAUGCUGCCAAGCGCGGGAGCGCCUCCUCGAGCUCAGAGGACUCCGACGCCGUCGUCGAGACUAAGAGCGAGAAUCAAGAGCCCGUCCAGCGCAAGAAGUGGUACAGGAGGCUGAAUCCGUUGAAGAGAAGUCGGAAGCCGCCCGUUCCGCAAGAGCGCGCCGUUUCCAGAGAAUAUGAGGCUGGUUUCUUCAGCCGGCUCACGUUUCAAUGGAUGGCACCACUCAUGGCCGUUGGCUAUCAGCGACCCCUCGAACUCAAGGACUUAUGGACCGUAAACCCAGAUCGGAGUGCCGAGGUGCUGUCGUCCAAGCUUAAGGCAGCUUUCGACAAACGCGUGGCUCGCGGAGACCCAAGACCUCUGGUGGGGGCAAUGUAUGAGACAUUUAAACUUGAGUUCAUUGUUGGAGGCAUCUGCCAGCUGUUGGCCAGUUUAAUUCAAGUCCUCGCGCCCUUCACCCUCCGGUACCUGAUCAAUUUCGCGACGGAGGCAUAUCUCGCUCAAAAGCUCGGCAGAGCGGAACCACACAUUGGAAAAGGUCUUGGGCUGGUGUUUGGUAUUACCGGCAUGCAGAUCCUACAGAGUUUGUGCACGAAUCACUUUCUGUACCGUGGAAUGAUGGUCGGUGGUCAAUCUAGAGCAGUCAUGAUAUCGCUCAUCUUUGACAAAGCCCUGAAGCUGUCCGGGAGAGCAAAAGCGGGGGGUAAGGUUGAAGCUCCCCCGCCUGAUAUCAAGCCGGGCAGCGCGCAAGAGAAGAAGUGGUACAAAAAGAUGCUGAAGCGUAAGGCCAAGGAGAACAAAGGCGGUCCCAAGGGCCCGAAGGGCGUCGCUGGAGAUGGCCAAGGAUGGGGUAACGGAAGGAUCGUUAACUUGAUGAGUGUCGACACCUACCGCAUCGAUCAAGCGUCUGCCAUGUUCCACAUGAUCUGGUGCUCUCCAGUCUCUAUUCUGGUGACCCUAGCCUUACUUUUAGUAAACCUGACGUAUUCCGCUCUCGCAGGAUUUGGUCUACUGGUCAUCACUUUCCCUCUGCUCGGAAGAGCUAUAAAAAGCCUGUUCCGCCGAAGAUUCGCUAUUAACAAGAUCACCGACCAGCGAGUCAGCCUUACACAAGAAAUCUUACAAGCCGUCCGUUUUGUCAAGUAUUUUGGAUGGGAAACGAGUUUCCUGGAGAGGAUUGGCGCCAUCAGAAACAAGGAGAUUCGGGCGAUCCAGAAAGUGCUUGCUAUCCGUAACGGCAUCAACGCCAUCGGCAUGUCCAUGCCCGUGUUCGCUUCCAUGCUGGCGUUUAUUACCUACUCUUUGUCGAAGCACAACCUGGAUCCGGGCCCGAUCUUCUCUUCGCUGGCCCUCUUCAACUCUCUCCGUAUGCCCCUCAACUUGUUGCCUCUUGUCCUGGGACAAGUCAUUGACGCCUACUCGUCCGUCAAGCGUAUUCAGGAGUUUUUGCUCCUGGAAGAAGCAAACGAAGACGUGAAAUGGGAACACGGUAUGAAGGAAGCUAUUGUGCUCAGCCAUGCGGACUACACCUGGGAGAGGGCGACCACACAGGAAGCGGAGAAAGACAAGAGCAACAAGCAAUUGAAGCAAGAGAAGAAAGAGGAGAAGAAGGCCCACAAAGCGGAGAAGAAAGCGGCGAAAGAAGCGGCCAAGCGUCCUUCCAACGAAGCAGAACGCAACGACGAGACGAAUCCGAACGACAGCGCUACCACUCUUGCGGAGAAACCACCUUUCCAGCUUCGGAGCAUGGAUUUGACUAUCGGGCGGAACGAGCUUGUCGCUGUGAUUGGAACUGUGGGUUCGGGAAAGACCUCACUUCUUGCCGCUCUUGCUGGAGAUAUGCGUCGCACGAAUGGAGAGGUGAAGCUCGGCGCAUCUCGUGCUUUUUGCCCCCAAUAUGCUUGGAUUCAGAACGCAACAGUCAAAGACAACAUCGUGUUCGGCAAAGAGUUCAACCAGGAGUGGUACGAUAAGGUUGUCGACGCAUGUGCCCUUCGCGCCGAUCUCGAUAUGUUGCCGAACGGCGACCUUACGGAAAUAGGUGAAAGAGGUAUUACGGUUUCCGGAGGCCAGAAGCAGCGCAUCAAUAUCGCUCGCGCCAUCUACUUCAACGCGGAAAUCGUUCUCAUGGACGACCCGUUGUCGGCUGUUGAUGCUCACGUCGGUCGUCACAUUAUGGACAAUGCCAUCUGCGGCUUGUUGAGAGACAAGUGCAGGGUCCUGGCAACUCAUCAGCUCCAUGUGCUCAACCGAUGCGACCGCAUCAUUUUGAUGGACGAUGGCCGCAUCGAAUCGAUUGGGACGUUCGAGGACCUCAUGAACCACAACGAGACCUUCAUGAAGCUGAUGGCUUCUACUGCGGUCGAAGAGAAGAAGGAAGAGGAGGAUGAAGUCAACGAUGAUGAGAUCGAGGAAGAGAAAAAAGACUUGGAAAAGAAGGUUCCGAAGAAGCCUGGCGCAGCGCUUAUGCAGGCCGAGGAACGCGCUGUCAAGAGUGUCUCACUGAAGGUUUACGGUGCCUACGUCAGAGCGUCGGGGUCGUUUCUCAUUGCGCCAUUGGUCAUAGGUCUGCUUAUAUUGUCUCAAGGCGCCAACAUUGCAACCAGUUUGUGGUUAUCAUGGUGGACGUCGGACAAGUUCCACUACAGCACAGGGACCUAUAUUGGCGUCUACGCGGGGCUCGGUGCCACUCAGGCCCUUCUCAUGUUCAUCUUCUCCGUGGUGCUUUCCGUCUUCGGGACAAAAGCUAGCAAGGUCAUGCUCCACCACGCCAUUACCCGCGUGCUGCGGGCUCCCAUGUCCUUCUUCGACACGACGCCGCUUGGCCGUAUCACGAAUCGCUUCUCGAAGGAUAUUGAUACUAUGGACAACAACCUUACGGACUCGAUGCGCAUGUUCUUCCUUACCAUGGCUAUGAUCCUCUCCGUCUUCGCCCUGAUAAUCGCCUACUUCCACUACUUUGCCAUUGCUCUCGGCCCGCUCUUCGUCCUGUUUGUGUUCGCGGCUUCCUACUACCGUGCCUCGGCUCGGGAGAUCAAGCGCCAUGAAGCCGUGCUUCGUUCUGUGGUCUUCUCGCGUUUUGGAGAAGCCGUCGCCGGCACUCCAUCUAUCCGGGCCUACGGCCUCGAGGACAGAUUCUCAGCCUCAAUCAGAGAGGCCAUCGACGACAUGGACAGCGCCUACUACCUCACCUUCAGCAACCAACGCUGGCUCAGCACGCGACUCGACGCCAUCGGCAACAUGCUCGUCUUCGUGACGGGGAUUCUAGUUGUGACAUCGCGGUUCAACGUCAGUCCAAGCAUCGCGGGUCUGGUGCUCUCGUACAUCCUGUCCAUUGUGCAAAUGAUACAGUUUUCGGUGCGGCAGCUCGCAGAAGUCGAGAACAACAUGAACUCGACCGAGCGCAUCCACUACUACGGCACGGAGCUGGAGCAGGAGCCGCCACUGCACCUCACGCCCGUCCGGCCCUCGUGGCCCGAGCGCGGCGAGAUCGUCUUCGACGCAGUGCAGAUGCGGUACCGGGCAGGGCUGCCACUGGUGCUGCAAGGCCUCUCAAUGCACGUGCGCGGCGGCGAGCGCAUCGGGGUCGUGGGGCGCACCGGCGCCGGCAAAUCAAGCAUCAUGUCGGCGCUGUUCCGGCUAGUAGAGCUCUCCUCAGGCAGCAUCAGCAUCGACGGCGUCGACAUUAGCACCGUCGGGCUGAAGGACCUGCGCUCCCGCCUCGCCAUCAUCCCCCAAGACCCAACGCUGUUCCGCGGCACCGUUCGCAGCAACCUCGACCCGUUCGGCGAGCACGCCGACCAGGCACUGUGGGACGCACUAAGGCAGGCGGACCUGGUCGCCGCGGACGCGGACACAGCCGACAAGUCUCUGCGCGUGCGCCUGGACGGGCCGGUGGAGGAAGAAGGCCUCAACUUCAGCCUCGGACAACGGCAGCUCAUGGCGCUGGCCCGGGCACUGGUCCGCGGCGCGCGCAUCAUCGUCUGCGACGAGGCGACGAGCAGUGUCGAUGUCGAGACGGACGAGAAGAUCCAAAAGACGAUAAGGAAUGGCUUUGCGGAUUGCACGCUGCUGUGUAUUGCGCAUCGCUUGAGGACGAUUAUUGGCUAUGAUCGCAUUUGCGUCAUGGAUCGGGGAGGGAUUGCCGAGCUGGAUUCGCCGCUGAGAUUGUUUGAUCUGGAGGGCAGUGUUUUUAGGGGCAUGUGUGAGAGGAGCGGGAUUCGGAGGGAGGAUGUGCUGGCUGCGGCGGAGGGGGGGAGGGUUUAGGUGGGUGAGCAUACUGCGGGAUGUUGGCUAGGUGGUACUAGUGGGUGAGCAGAGCGGCUUAUACAGUCCGUACAUACGCGCGCAUACGCAUACAUACAUACAUGUAAUUAAUACAGCAAGAAACAAAAAGCCAACUUCGUGGUCGUAGAUGUUUGGGAAAUUGGAAGGAAGGGGGAAAGCAGUUGUGAAUUUAAAAAGGUACAUAGCUUCUGGAUUUGGAGAAAGGAGGUCAGUUAGUUGCUUCUAUAAAGAACGGCGAGAGAGCAAGCAAGCAAGACAGCAAGACAACACCCCAACCCAGCUCUAAGAAACAAAGACAUGAUCUGGUCAAGCUUUGCGCCUAUCAUGUAGAGGGCGCAGCAAUCAUAUCAAUACCAUCUCUCAUCC